GCAGGGAGAAAGUGUUCGUUUAGAGAGCGAGAGUCCGGAGUAUAAGACGUGAUAGCGAGCCGCUCAAGAAAAUCAGUUUAUCGCGAGUGCAUCCAAAGACAACAGCCAGAAUGAAAACGCAGUUCAUCUUGAUAACUUGCUUAGCAAUAGCAAACCAAGCACUUUGUACUCAAGUAUAUGAAACACCGAGUGAAUCUUCGCAAGCACAAUGGCAACCGUGGAAGAGCCAAGACUCGAUUCAAGUCUCGAACGAAGGACAAGAGAAAUAUCAUCCUGUCACGUUCGACGCUACUGAUGCGCAACAGAAGGAAUCGCAACAAUCGUUGGUAUACAACGCGAAUAUUCAAUCAGGCGCCAGCGGAGUCGCCGAAGUUCUCAGUGAACAAUCGAUCGAAUCUGUAAUCGACAACAUUCUCGUAUCCAAUCGACAGGGUCGCAACCUCGACGGUUACGAAGAGAUCUAUUCCGAUCCUGAAGUAAAAAAUGCUCUUCAGCUAGGCAACGAUACCAUCGCGCGUACUUACAUCAGGGACAAACUCUGCUCUCUCGGUUUAAUGAACUGCGAUACGGAAGGACGACGUCCUUACUAUUCUCCGCAUCGCGAUAUUUACCCGCACGACGUCAUUUACGCUCAACCGGUGACAAUUAAACCGGUGGGUCGUCCACUUCCGGCUAUACCCGUCAAGCGACCUUACGGCCCCGCGAAACCCGUGUCGCUGCCUCCGAACUUCGGCUCUUCACUGGGACCUAACGUUUAUCCUGGACCAGGACCAACGUUCGGUAGACCACCACCCGGCUUCGUCGGACCUUACCCAGGAUAUAAGAAACCCGGUUUCCCUCCCCCAUUUGUGUCUAAACCUAUAUACGAGUCUGGCAUCGAUAUUGAAUCUGAUUUCGAGGACAAGUUUAUUGAUAAGAAACAGGUGGUCCUGCAUCAACCGGGCUCCUCGGCCGUUCAGCAACACGUUCACCAUCAUUAUCAUCACGGAGAUGCUAUAAACUCUGGCAUCGCGCCCAAUCCCGUUGCAAUCCCGUCGUCUCCUACACUCGUGGGUGGUAACGGACUCGGCAACUACGGUUACGGAAACGGCGGUACUUACGGCUCCACGUUCAACGAUUUCGAAGAUUACAAGAAAACGUUCAAGAUCAAAACGUCCAGCAACAGCGGUCCGUCCGUUUCCUCCGCGAAGGGCUACGCCGAUCGUUAUCCCGUUUACGAGAAGCCGAACGGCAAACAGUUCAGCGGUUCCAUUGGACAAUAUGGCUCGAAUAAUCAGUUCCCGGGUAAUUUCCCGGAUAACGGUAAUUAUCAGUUCAACAACGGCGCCGAUAACAACUAUGGUGCCACGUCCUAUGAUGAUUGCGUGUGCGUACCGUACGAUCAAUGCGCCACGAUCAAUCACGUGGGCCGUAAGGACGAUCUCUACCUGGCAAUUGAUCCACGCAAUCUUGACAAGGACAUCGAAGCCGAAACUGUCGAGGUAGUGGUCACCGAUGGAAACGGCACUAUGAGCGUCAUGCGAGUGUUUAAGGGAGCAAACGGGACCGAGCAGACGAAAAACGAGUGGGCGAAAGAAGCGGCCGAGACGGAAGUUACAAAGCGGAAUCGCAGAGAUGUCAAGAGCACUAUCAAGAAGGAUGACAAACAAGAAAUACAAGAAAGACUGACGGUGGACAGCAAUCUGGACACCGCGAAACUGAACGUGAAGCCGACCUGGGGCGUCAGUUUCGGCCUACCGCAGACCGGUGGUCCGAUCGCGCCCCACCCAGGUUAUCCUCUGGGAAUCCCGGGGUACACGCCAGGUUACGGGCCAAUUGGUGGACAAGGCAUAAAUCUAGGUCCGGUAUCCGUGAAUCCGCUCGUAGCGGUGCAAGUUACCAAAGACGAGUAUGGCGAGAAGGUCGUUAAGCCAUACGUAAAUCUUCACGUGACACCCAAUGCAGGACUUGUUCACAAACUGGGCCAUCUGCUGGCUUACAAGAAGUACGGCCUGUACGGCGGGCAUUACGGCGGACACGACGCGGCUUACGCUCCCUAUUAUCACACGCAUCACGAGAAACCGAUCUAUCAUUAUCCGUCGAGACCUCCGUUCUAUCCGUCGCACGGCGUUCAUCAUCACUACAACGAGCAGUAUCCGACGUAUCACAAGCCAUACUAUCACGGCGAAUAUUAUCCUUCCUACAAUAAAGACGAUAAUGACGAUUAUGAUGAUUACGAUUACGUGGAUGAUUACUAUAAGAAUGCUCACGCGAGAAACGCGAAAGAUAGACAGUCCUCGACGAAGGAUUCUUCGCGGGGAUCGGCCGAUGAACGACAAACGAGCGGGAAGAUUACCUUCUCAGAUAGAAGGAAACGCAGUGCGUUUAACGAAACGAUGUCGGAGAGACGAUACGGACGUCCGCCAGUUUGCGGUUCCAAUCACGUCUGCUGCGAGAAAUCGCACAUAAUAGGAGCACGCCCGCGACCCGGUCAAUGCGGAGUUAGGAACACACAAGGCAUCAAUGGCCGCAUCAAGACUCCGGUCUACGUCGAUGGAGAUUCUGAAUUCGGUGAAUACCCGUGGCAAGUUGCCAUCCUGAAAAAGGAUCCUACCGAAAGUGUCUAUGUCUGCGGUGGCACAUUGAUCUCGUCGCGUCACAUUAUCACCGCUGCUCAUUGCGUGAAGACUCACGCCGGUCGUGAUCUUCGUGCGCGAUUGGGCGAAUGGGAUGUGAAUCACGACGUCGAAUUCUAUCCCUACAUCGAACGCGACAUCGUCAGCGUAUUCGUGCAUCCUGAAUUUUAUGCCGGUACUCUCGCAAACGACAUCGCUAUUCUUAAACUAGACCACGACGUCGAUUUCGGAAAGAAUCCUCACAUUAGUGCCGCCUGCCUACCGGACAAACUUGACGAUUUUACAGGAACAAGAUGCUGGACCACCGGAUGGGGCAAGGACGCCUUCGGCGACUACGGCAAGUAUCAAAACAUACUGAAGGAGGUUGACGUACCUGUUGUCAGCAAUCACGUCUGCCAGCAGCAGAUGAGACGAACGCGGCUCGGACCCAGCUUCAAUCUGCAUCCGGGCUUCAUCUGCGCCGGCGGCGAAGAGGGCAAAGACGCCUGCAAAGGUGACGGAGGCGGUCCGAUGGUCUGUGAGCGUCACGGCCGCUGGCAAUUAGCCGGAGUCGUUUCCUGGGGCAUCGGCUGCGGCCAGGCCGGCGUACCCGGCGUUUACACGCGCGUUUCCCAUUAUCUCGACUAUAUCCGUCAGAUCGUAGACUAUUAGAAAAGAAAAAUCAAUCCGAUUAAUAAUGAGUCGUAUAUAUUUUCUAUCGUGUAUAAAAAAAUUUACGGAAUCUCUUGUCAAAUUUUGCGAAAUUAAGCAAUCUUUAUCAUGUGCAUAAAAUUCUAACAGUGAUUUUGACAAUUCGCCACAUUUUUAUUACAGCCGUAGAGAAAGAGAAAAGAAGAUAUAUAUUUAUAUACAUAUUAUAUUUAUAUUGAAAUGUGAAUUUUAUUUCUGAGUAAGCAAAUUUUAUUAAGAACGGCCAUUUUAUUAAGACAGAGAAAGAUAUAUAUAUAUAUAUAUAUAUAUAUAUAUAUAUAUAUAUAUAUAUAUUUAUUCGUUAUUCAAAUAACUUAUGUCUCUAUUCGUCUAGAUUAAGUAUUUUCUCCUAUUUAAAUAAAUGUCUAACUUAUUGUACAUAAUACAUAAGUCUAUAUAUAUAUAUAUAGAUUGCGUGUGUAAGUUAUAUUUUUGCCGAUUAACAAUACACGCACAUACAAUUUGCGAAAUAUGAUUCGAAUGUUCGGAUCGUCGAGUAAUGCAUUUUCUUUGCAAUGGCUUAUAUAUAUUUAUCUCAAUUUAAUAUAAAUAAACAACUCUUACUCAUA